CCGCGUUCAAAACCAACCAACCAACAAACAAACCCAAAGAGAUAAAAACAAAACUUUGCAUUGGUCUUCAAAAGUAUGGAAAAAAAAACAUAUUGAUAUACAAUAUUAAAAAUAAUACUAAAAAUAAAUAAAAAAAAACUCAAAAUAAAACCAAUACACAACAGCAACAUUGUUGUCCAACAUUGACUAGCAACAAUUGUUAUAAACAAAAUGUUUUGGAAAUAGACGAAAAAAAAUCUAUAACUUUAUAAAUAAUAAUUAAAAAAAACAAUAUUCAACUACAAAAUUGUUGAGCUAAAAACUAAAUGUUCUUAAUAAUCUUAGCAUUUUUAAUGAAAUUCGCUGACAUUUCCAAAAUGCAGAGUAAACGCUGUAUUAACAACAAUAAUAAUACUAAUAACAACAACACUAACAUCAUGUCACAAAAACGAUGGCAGCAACAAAAUGCUAAUAAAACAAAUUCAAAUUCUAGCAGCACUAGUUCAGGCUGUGAUAGUUCAGCUUCCUCGUCUUCUAAAGAAAACUAUCAACAACAACAACAGCAACAUCAUUCUUUAACUCCCCAACAAGUUCAACAAUUGCGUCACUAUCAACAAUUACAGCAGCAACAGUUACAAUUGUUGCAUCAACAAUUAUUGCAAAGAAAACAUUUGCAACAACAGCUACGUGAACAGGGUGUGGAAAUUAAAAGACCUCCCACCAACUCCACAACAGCAACAUUAACAUGUAAUCAACAAUAUUUAAAACAAUUAAGAUUGCAGCAACAACAACAGCAGCAGCAACAUCAUUUGUAUAAUAUGAGAUUGCCUCAGCAACAUCAACAGCAGCAACAUGUUGAUAAUUUUAUGUUUCAUAAUAAAAAUCGUAAUCUAAAUGAUAUUUUAAAUAAUAAUAAUAACAGUAAUCUGUCUCCCGAAUUACAACAUCUAAGUAAUGGUGGUGGUCGUAUGAUUUUUAAAGGACAAAAAUCCUGUCGUGGCAUGACAGAAUUCUCUACAAACAACGACAUCAACAAUAAAACUCAUUUAUCAUCUCAACCGCUUCAAAAUUCACCACGCCAUCAUUUCACACCAUAUCCUACUUCUAAUCCAUCAUCAUCAAAUAUCACAACAACACAACAUCUUACAUCCUUAACUAAUAAUUAUCCCAUUCAUAACACAAAUACACAAUCAUCUAAUGCACAAUUUAAUAAGCAACAAUUUACACAAACACUAAAACAACAACUUAUUAACAAUAACAAGAAUAAUCAACAAACACUUCCUUAUAAUAAUUCUUCUGCAAAUGCUGCACGCACUCCAUCGUCGAAUGGAUCGUCAGUAACACAUUCCCCUACGCAUCAUCACUAUCGUAAGCCCUUUAAUUCGCCAAAUAAUUCACCAUUCGCAUACUGUGGCGGCGGUGGGAAUCAGCAACACCAACAACAGCAGCUGUUGCAGCAACAGAGGCGCAAUAGCGGUAAAUUACCGUUUUUAACUCACACUCAGUAUCAGCAACAUUUGAAUGAUUUGCUCUCACAACAGCAGCUAUUGCAACAACAGCAACAACAACUGUUGCAAAGCAAAGACGCCUCGGAUGAGAGUGAACUGAGCGAAGAGAGUUUAAAACAAAAUGUGGCCAUUGUUCUGAAUAAUUUGGAUCGUUACAAUAACGCUCUGCGCAGUAUUAUUUUGAAUGAACAGGUCAACACUAACAGUAGUGUGUUUUACGACGAAAGUGAUUUGAAUUUUUUUACUGGUGGCAACAACAAUAGUGUUAAUUUGCAACAUCAACAUCAACUAUCAACAAUGGCUACAGCUAUAACGCCAGAAUCCGAUUACAACAGCAAUGCAACAACGCCUGGAUCACGCAGCAACAUGUUGCCCUACGAGUCCAGCGGCAAUAUGUUGCCACAUAAUCAACAACAGCCACAUCAACAUUUGGUAGGUUUUUCAAACACAAAUACGGGUGGUGGUGGUGUCAAUAGUGGUGGUGUAUUGAAUAAUGCUUGUGGUGUUGGUUAUAUGGGCAACAAUUUAAAUUGUUCUCUUGCUUCAUCUCACGAUUUUACUCAUGACAAUUCUGAUUAUCAGUGGUUUUUGGACUAUGGUUAUCGAGAUGGUUGCGGCGGUAUGCAACGCAGCGUUUUAUCCUCACUGUCGGCUUCCUACAAUGGACUGGGCGAUUUAAUCUAUGAGGAUUUAGCUAAAAAUCUCGAUGCCAAUUUGGCCGAAGUCGAUAUGGAAAGUUUUCGGGCCGAAGACAUACACUCAUUACUCUCACAAUUACCCUCGUAUUGUAAAAGCCUGGGAGGUAAUCGUCUGCAACAGUCAUUAAUGUUGCAACAACAACAACACAUGCUACCCUCUAACAAUUGUCAACAUCACAUGGCACACAACAUGUCUCAAACAUCUACUACAUCAACAAAUGAUUUAAUAGAUAAUUCCUUCUGUAAAUCGGAAUUGCUUUUUUCACCCGUCAAAGAAUCGCAUAUUUCAGUGGAUUCUUUAGAUAUGGAUGCUUACCCAGAUGAGGGUGAUAUAAUACUGACAUGCAAAGCCAACAAGGAUAAUUAUACAAUUGCAUUUGAGGGUAGUGUUUUGUAUUCAGAUGAAAGUUUUUAUGAACCCAAUGAGAUUGCCAUGAAAAAUAAGCAGAAUUUCAUAAAUCUACACAGCAAUUUGGAUGAUAUUGUUAAACGCAAAUCCUUAGAAGUUUCAAUGUCACGUUCCGACCAACCUCAGCAAUGCAGUUUGCGUAAUAAAUUGCAAAAGAGUCAUACCACACAACUUCAAAGUUUAUAUGCUUUAAUUUCUUCUCCUGCGCGUAGAUAUCCAUCGGGAAAUAAUAACAAUACUCCAGAAACUAUAACAAUUAUACGUCCACCCAUUCAUCUGAGCACAGGUUGUGUACGUAAAUGUAGUAGUUUGCCAAAUUUGCGAGACGAAACACUAGAGCAAAUUAACGUAAGUCAAACUCAGCAACAAACGCCACAAAAACAACAGCAGCAACAGAAACAUAAUCAGCAACCGUUGAAUGUAUCGACAGCGAUAACCACGUCACAUAUAGAACAAAAUUUGCAACAAACUAAAUCGCGCAAUUUACUACCCAUGUGCCAGAUACCAAUAUCAUGUAAUUCCACAGCGGCUUCGAUUGAGGAAAGAUUGAAUGUUUUUAGCCUACAACAACAGCAGCAGCAACAACAGCAAUGUCACACCCGGCAGCCAAAACAUAGAUGUUGUUGUGGUAGUGGUGUUAGCGGUGGUAUUGGAGCAAUUGGUAGUAACUUAAGUAAUCAUUCGAAUGCCUCAAUGGGCAGUAAUAAUGGUUCAGCUACAAUCACUUCUCAUCAUUCAAAUAAGGGUCAUCAUAUUACGGGCUCCACUUCAUCGGGUUCCUCGAAUCCACCAGCUUUUAAUCUAGUCAAAUUGUUUAUUAAACAGAAGAGCACAAAUUGUUCUCUCGAAGAUCAGCCGAGUGCUCAUACUUGUAUGGAUAUUUCUUCGGGUUGCUGGCCGUCAAGUGAUGCCAACAACUCAAGUUCCAGUUCGUCCUUGGAACAACGCUUGAGGAAGAAGAGUAUGAAUGAUUCGGGCAAAGGUUCAGCUUUAAGUAGACAUGACGAAGAAGCUGAUACUACAACAUCCACAUUCCAAAUGGAUGCUUCGGCUUCUACACCUAAAAAGCAACACCCAGGACGUUCUUCGGUGUUCUACGAGGAAGAUCCAAGUUCAAGUUCGACGGGUUCAUUGACCGCCACAAAUUCUCCAGCCCAUAGACGUAGAAGUAUGCCUUUACGUAAUCCCGCAUUAAAUCAAUUGGCUCUGCAGCUAAAUGGCAAUAACAAUUCAUCAGCUAGUCUCUUAUCUUCAGAUAAUACCUCAGAACAAUUGACCCAGGUGCAGCUAUCUGGCGGACAGGAAUCCUCUUCCUCAUCGGCCAAGGCAGCAGAACGUAAUAAGCAAAGAAGAUCUCGUGAUGCGUCCCGGCCCAUUUCAAAUGCUUCAUCUUCCGAAAUGAUUACCAGAUCUAUGCAAACAUCAUGUGGUUCCUUAAGUACCCGUAGCAGUUUAAGUGAUCGUUUCCGUUUUGUGCCACCCUCAUUUCUGGAAAAACUCAACAAUUUGGGCGAAGAAAAUCAAGCACCCAUCUAUGUCAUCUAUCCCAAUUAUGCGUUACCCGAUUUGGGCUUUGUAAAGACCUCAGCUACGCCAGAUGUUAUCUUUUCUCCAUUCAACUAUAAAAUGAAUAUGGGUGGUAACGCCUCGACAGCUUCAUCAUGUGCAUCUAUCAAGAAACGUUUCAGUCUAAUGUCGGGCAGCGAUGAAGACGAGAUUCUAAAGACUAUGGAUUACAAACAUGUGGUAGAUUGGCAUUCAUUGGCGACUUUAUUGCCUGGUGACUAUAGACGAAGAUUAAAACACAUUCCAGAAGUAAAUGGCAUUCUCAGUCACUUAGAAAGAGAACUAGCACAAAAACCUCUUUUCUGUUUAACGCCGCCAGUGAGACGUAAUCGCUCACAUAUUUGUGACUGCAAUCAAUAUUUCCAACGCGGUGAGCAACAGACAGAAGCCGCAGGUGGAUCUUCAAGUUCUGGAUCUAGUCAACAACCUUCGUCUGGUUACAGAGGCUCUUCGACGUUGCUUACCGAUUCGGAAUUUGAAAAUGCUAAUAAUAACGCUGCUGGAGGCGGUGAUAAUCUUAAACAGAUGUAUGUUUACCAAUACGAACAGCAGCGCAUGGAUUCGGGUGUAGAAAUGAGUCCCAAAGUGCAGUCUACACCCAUACCCAUGCCAAGGGGUAUAUUGCGCAAGAGUUCUUCGGCUGUGAGAAGCAAACGCAACUCAAUGAUUGAGCAAGAUGCUAAAUUAACAAAAUUAGAAAAAAGGCGAUCACUACAAGAGCCACCAUAUAAUUAUCACAUUGGCUCGGCCGAAGAAUUGGCUGAGGUAUUCGAAGAGGAAUCCUCAGGUGCCGAAAUAUAUGCCACACCACAGCCACGUACAUCAGAGAGAUUAUCACGUAAGGAUUUGGAUGCUAGGGCUAGAGCCGAAAACUUCUUGUCUUCUUUGCCACGCAAUGAAUUGAAAUAUUACGCCGAAAUAGCUUCAAUAUUAGAGUCUUCCGAACAACAAGUUCAGUAUGAUGCGGCUGCAUUGAAGAAGGAAGUUUCAAGAGCAUUGAGCCAACAGAAAAAGGUGUCGUUUAAUGAUAAAGAAGAGGCUGACAGCACACAAAACAAUUUGGUACACUUGCCCACAGAAACUCGGCAAAGAUUUUCAACACCACCAAAUUCACCAAAUAUUUCAAUGGCCACAACAGCUAACACUACUACUAAUAAUAAUACAACAUUACGGCAAACAACAACUGCUGCGGGGGCUGUUGCUCCUCCUGUUGCUACUAGACGUUGUUCGAAGCGCGAUGAAUUGGAAAAACAAAAAUUGGAAAGUAAUCGCUUUAAACGUUUACAAAUUCAAUGGGAAUUAAUGAGCAAAGAUUCGAGUAUGCUUAAGGAACUGGCACAAGCGGAACAAACAAAGAGUGGUGGUUCUACACCUACAUCCGCACUAGCUGCAGCUAAUGCUGCUGCUGCCGCUGCGGCACAAAAAUCACGCAUACCUCGUCCAGUUAGCUAUCCCGCUGGAAAAAGAACUGAUAAAAGUAAAAUUCCAAGAACAUCUACAACACCAAUUGAAUCCCCUCAUAAAAUUAAUAACAUUGCAAAUAAUACAAAAAUACCUAAACCACCUUCAUGUGCUAUCUCUCCACAACUUGCUAGAAUAUCAAAUCAAGCAGAUCCCACAAAAACAACAAGAUCACCAAGUCGUAUACAGCCACCGAAACGUUAUAGUAUGACAGCAGCUGCUGCGGCAACACCGUCACCAAUAACAACACCAACAUCAUCGGCAGGUACUACAACAAGAGCUCGUACACCUAAUAGUAGGGUGGCAGUAACUGCACCAAAUACUCCAAAGAAACGAGUGCAAUCACCCAGAACAAUUCCCAGAGUGCGAUAAAUAUGAAAGAUUGAUAAAUCGGUAAAA